UUUAAACAUAAUUCAAAUCCGGUUUCUUUUCCUUUUCUUUUUUCUAACUUUACACAUCAUCUUACACUAUGGCUCAUCAAGCACGUAUCAACAGUGUGGUAGAAUCCCUCACCAAAGCCCCUCGUACCGUCGAUUUCCCUCAAAAGAAUGGUCAAGUACAACCUAUGUCUGAAAUUUUCGGUCAAAACGUCUUUUCUCGUAAUGAAAUGGCAAAGAUGUUACCCAAGCCUGUCUACAAGACUUUUGUUCAAACAUUAAAGGGUAAGCAUACUAUGGAUAGAGUCACUGCCGAUGCCAUUGCCCAUGCUGUCAAGGUUUGGUCUAUUGAACGUGGUGCCACUCAUUUCACCCAUUGGUUCCAACCUUUGAAUGAUUGUACCGCUGAGAAGCAUGAUGCUUUCUUGACUUUGAAGUCUAGCUUUGUAGAUGGUUCCGAAGUGGUUACUGCCAUCGACACUUUCUCUGGUUCUCAAUUAUUACAAUCCGAGCCCGAUGCAUCUUCUUUCCCUUCAGGUGGUAUGCGUACAACUUUCGAAGCACGUGGUUACACUGUUUGGGACACUAAGAGUCCCAUGUUCAUUCAAGAAGGACCCCACGGUACUUCUAUUCUUUAUAUUCCUUCCGUCUUUAUUUCAUAUAACGGUGAGGCCUUGGAUGAAAAGUCUGUUCUUUUGAGAUCUUCCGAAGUCUUGGAAAGAGUUGCAUUAGAAGUCCUUAACGUCAUUGAACCUAAGGAUUCAGAUAAUCGCUCCGAACUUGUUUAUACCACUCUUGGUACCGAGCAAGAAUAUUUCUUGAUUGAUAGAUCUCUUUAUACUCUCCGUCCUGAUUUAAAGAUCACCGGUCGUACCUUAUUAGGUGGACUUCCUCCCAGACAUCAACAAUUGGAAGAUCAUUACUUUGGUAAGAUCCCCACCCGUGUCUUGUCUGCCAUCAGUGAGUGUGAACUUGAAUUAGCCAAAUUGGGUGUUCCCAUCAAGACACGUCAUAAUGAAGUCGCUCCUGCUCAAUUUGAAGUUGCACCUAUCUUCGAGGAAGCUCUUUUAGCCGUCGAUCACAAUUUGUUAACCAUGGAUGUUCUCCAUCGUGUUGCUCAUCGUCACAAGCUCAAGGUGCUCUUCCACGAAAAGCCCUUCCGUGGUGUCAAUGGUUCCGGAAAGCAUUGUAACUGGAGUUUAUCUACCGAUAAGGGUGAUAACCUUUUGGACCCCUCUGCUUCCCCUGAAACCAACUACCGUUUCUUGAUCUUUUUGGUGGCCACCUUAAAGGGUGUCCUUGAUCACGGUGAUCUUCUCCGUGCCGGUGUUGCUUCUGCUUCUAACGAUCAUCGUCUUGGUGCUCAUGAAGCUCCUCCCGGUAUUAUCUCUGCUUUCUUGGGUUCUCAAUUGACCGAAGUUUUAGAUUCUAUUGAGGAAAACAGACCCAUCAACUAUGGCUCUCAUGAACUCCAACAUGUCCGCGUCAAGGGUACUGUGUUAGAUUUAAAGGUUGCUAACUUGCCUCCCAUCUCUCGUGAUUUGACCGAUCGUAACCGUACUUCUCCCUUUGCCUUCACUGGUAACAAGUUUGAAUUCCGUGCUGUCGGUUCCAAGCAAUCUCCUUCUUUCCCUGUCACUUUGUUGAACUCUGCCGUUGCCAAGGCCUUGACUGAAAUUUUGGCCGACUUGAAGGUCGCUAAGGGUAACAAGCCUGUGGCCUCUGUUGAAGACCAACUUAGUGUGAUUCGCAAGUACAUCAAGUUGACCAAGGCCAUUCGUUUCGAGGGUGAUAACUAUUCUGACGAAUGGGUUCAAGAAGCAGCCAAGCGUGGUUUAGCUAACAUUACCAAGAGUCCUGCAGCUUUUGUUCGUUUAUUGAGAAAAGAAAACACCGAUAUGUUGAAGGAGAUGGGUGUCUUUUCCGAUGCCGAGUUACAAUCUCGUUAUCAUAUCUUGGUUGAAAAGUAUGCAAAGGAUAUCACCAUUGAAGCUCAAACAAUGAUCACCAUGGUGAUUCAACAAGUGUUGCCUGCUGCUUAUCAAUAUAGACGUGAUUUAGCUGAGGCCGCCUCCUUCAUGAAGAACAUCGGAGUUGAAGCAUCACCCGAAAUUGAUUUGUUGAACGAGUUGACACCUAUUGUUGGUACUCUUCAAAAGGAUAUCACUGCUCUUAAAUACCUCAUGGUGGAUCUCAUCCAGGUCCAAGAUAUUGUCAAGUUGGCUAACGCUUGUUGUGACCAAGUCAUUCCCAAGAUGGAGGCUAUUCGUGAGCUUGCCGAUAAGUUGGAACGUAACGUUGCUGACAAGUUGUGGCCUUUGCCCAAGUACACUGAAUUAUUCUUAAACAUUUAAAUUGCAUUCCUAUUUUUUUUAAAAAAAAAAUCAAAAAGUUUUCCAUUUGUAUCAUAUUAAAUAAACUUUUUAUUUUUAUUUUUGUUCAUAAACAAAA